AUGGCCCCAUCACCACCACCAGCCCUCCUGGCCACCCGUGCCUCCCCCACAACCACAACCCCCAUAACCCCCGCCACAACCUGCGACCACCUUGGCAUCUACGCCCUCCCCCAAAUCGUGGGCGACGAGCCCCAGAACAAGACCCUCCUGCGCGACGCGAGCAUCUUUGCCGUGCCCAAUUGGAAUGAGUCGCUAGUAGGCAUGACGGCCUGCUGUGGCGGCAGCAAUACCGAGAACCACAACAUAAACACCGAAAAUGAAGGCGUCUACGUAGGCGGACCUGAAAAGUGCGAACUAUGGUGUUUGAUCCCCGAUGAGUUCCUCUAUGAGAAUGGGACUGAUGACAGGAACGGAAACGACGCAAAAAAAAGAAAUCCGGGAUCAGUAGCCGCGAGUCUGAUGGAGAGUUGUGUGAAGAGGGAGGGGAAUAUUACGGAGGAUUUCAUUACUAUCUGGCAGGUUAAGGAUGCGGAGGGGAGCGCGGCGGCAUGGAGGGGAAAGAUGUCAAUGAAGAUGGUAGUUACGGGGGUGGUGGGGUGGGGGGUUAUGCUAGGGGGGUUGUUUGCCUGA